AUGGUCGUCUACUCCUUCUACAUCUUCGACCGCCACACUGAAUGCGUCUACGUCAAAUCCUGGAUGCCCCCCCAAGUCCCCGGCACCCCGGCCCCCGUCCUGUCCACCGGCUCCGACAACGCAAAGCUCAUCUUCGGCACCGUCUUCUCCCUCCGCAACAUGGUCCGCAAGCUCGGCGGCGACGACGACGCCUUCAUCAGCUACCGCACGGGCCAGUACAAGCUGCACUUUUACGAGACGCCCGCCAACCUGCGCUUCGUCAUGAUUACGGAUACCGGGUCGGCGAGCAUGCGCAACGUGCUGCAUCAGAUUUAUAUCAACCUUUGGGUUGAGUAUGUUGUCAAGAAUCCACUUGCGCCGGUUGAGCACAAGGGCGGUGCGGGCGUCAACAAUGAGCUUUUCGAGCUGGGACUGGAUCAGUUCAUACGGGGCCUGAUGUGA